UAGCAGCGUGACAUUAAGCUAACAUGUCAGGAUCAAAGUUUGUUUAUCCGGCUUCUUUUCUUUAAAACGCCACACUUUGACUCUUGUCUCCGGCAAAGGAGAAUUUAUUAAGGAUAUCUUUUUAAUCACUUUAACUGCUAAAAUACCCGCAUCACCUGCAAAGAAGAAUUUAUGACAUUUUUAUGCAGUUUUUAAUCCAUAUAUAAAACGCACUGGGACCCUGUCUGCUGCUUGGUAGGAUCAAGAUAUCUUUUGAGUUUAUUAAGGAGUUUCUUUAUCCAGAUUUUAAUCCUUUUAACGCCGCACUGUGACCCUGACAGACAACUAAUUGUCCGUUGUCCUUGGCCCGAGACCGGCCCGAGUCAUGGGCGGCAGCCUGGGUUGCCACCGCUCCAUCCCCAGAGACCCCGGCGACGUCAGCGGCAAAAGGCGCAAGCUGAGCGCGGCGUGCAACUUCGGAAACGUCCUGGUGAGGCAGGAGCGUCUCAACAUCAACGCCGCCAGCGAGGAGGAGCUCAUGACUCUCCCCGGCGUGGACCGCACCGUGGCCCGCAGCAUCGUGCAGUACCGGGACUGCAUCGGCGGCUUUAAAAAGGUGGAGGACCUGGCACUGGUGAGCGGAGUCGGCGCCGCCAAACUGGAGGCCGUCAAAGUCGAAAUCUGCGUUUGGGACAGAGGGAGUUGGUCUCGGCGCUCGCCGUCUUCCCCGCGGAAAGACCGGGGUCAGCAGCUGGACGUGAACACGGCCACACCUGAUCAGCUCAUGAGCGUUCCUGGUAUCACAGAGGAAAUAGCACGCAGUAUAGUCCGGGAUCGCCCCUUCAGAAGCACGGAGGACCUGCUGAGGGUGAAGCACAUCAACCACCCUCUGCAGGUGUCGGUGGUGCCCUCCUUCACCGACACCAACGGAAGACCCCCGCACACGACCCGGUUGCACCCUGGCCCCACUUCCCUCAGCCUGAACAGCGACACAGCGGGCCUACCGCCCGGCGGACCCGCCCAGGUGGUUCCCGUGCGAGCGAGCGCGCAGACGGCGGCCGUGCUGCGGCACAGGAAGUGCGUGGUGCGCGUGGCCACGUGGAGCCUGCAGAAGUGUUCCUGCGACAAGGCCAACAACCCCGGGGUGAAGGAGGUGGUGUGCAUGACCCUCCUGGAGAACGACAUCAAGUUACUGGCAGUGCAGGACCUGUUGGAGAAAGGUGUACUACAAAAGUUCUGUGCGGAGUUAAACCAAGGUACUCUGGCUAGUGUUGGCAAGUGGAAGAGGCCAAGAGGCGUAUGGAAAUGUUUGGAGUCUGAAGAAGUUUGCUGCAAGGAAGUGAGCUAUUCUGGCUUUCUGUGGGAUUCCACUGGUGUGCAGCUCCUGGAUGCUGCACUCUUGGAGUCUGCCAAAAACUGUGAUGGAGCCUCCACAAGCUUCCUGGCCCACUUCUCUAUUUCUUCUCACAAAGUGGCUGUGGUGAACGUCCACAUGCGAGCCACAGUUGGCAAGAAGCAGAGUGCAGAGGUCAAAGGUCGCCCCCUGUCUGCCAUCAUCCAGGAAACACUGAAAGGUGAGAAGGAGGUUGUGGUGCUGGGAGACUUUGGACGUCCUCCUCAAAGCGCUGAGCUGGACUUCCUGAGAAAAGAGAAGAUGUCUGCUCUGCUAGCAGCCAAGCACUUCACCAACAUCAGCACCACCUGCCCUCAGGGAACACACUGCCUGGACAACAUCUGGCUCAGCCGCUCUCUCAAGAAGAUCUACUCUGGACAUUGCACGGUCGUACGAGAAGGUUUGACCAACCCUUGGAUUCCUGACAAUUGGUCAUGGGGGGGCGUGGCGUCAGAUCACUGCCCCGUGGUGGCCGACUUUUCUGCUGGCGCCUCACGCAAACACGGAGGCGGGCCUGCAAUCAGCGCGUUGGAGCCGGCUGACCAGCCCAAACAUGAGCGAUGACCUCACUUCAACAACAAUGAAACUGGCUGAGUGCAGACACCAAAGCUGAGAGGAAUUCCUGGAUGAGGAACAUCAAUCAGGUUCUAGUAGAUCUGCGCAUGUGGCGACCAGAUGCUUGUUAUGCUGGCGUGUGACAUUACUGUAAAUAAAAGCAAGGUAUGCAA